AGCUAGCGCGAACUUGACGGUCAUCGGAGCGGGACUGCUUACACUGUUGACAGUUCGUAGAAGUGGGUUAGCUCAAUAACUGGUCACUUUCGCCUCGGAGUUGAGUUAUCGAUCGACCUAACUAUAUUCACAGUUCAACUCUCCGGAAAGACAGAUUCUGCAUGAAUCCGUCAAAAACUCUCCGCCGGGAUCAUGCUGAAAAUAUCCAAAGCGACACUUUGCCUUUGUGUGUUGUUUGUGUUGGACACAACAGUGUUUUUGGGGACUUGUUCACCGGCUAAGGUGCCAAGUUUCGACGAGGAUGCUUUCGCCAUCCAGCACUCGAGCACAGAAAAGUGUCUGAGCGUGGAGACUCCUUCUAUCUUAAGUGUCUCCACCUGUGACCCAAAUAACAAGUCCCAGUUGUGGAAGUGGGGUUCGGGUCACCGGCUCUUCCACGUUGGUACGUCACUCUGCUUGGCGUUGGACGUCACCUCCAAGACCUUGUCCCUGGUCGACUGCGGCUCCAACAUCCUGCUCUGGUGGCGCUGCCUGGAUGGGGCCGUUUACACUGUUUAUCAGAUGGGCCUGGCGGUCAGCAACGGCAAAGUUACCGCGAAACGGGACUUUAAUGAUACUUGGCGAAGAGAAGGUUAUCAGGACAACAUCUGCCAGAAACCAUACCGCAUUGUUCACACCACAGAUGGGAACUCUGCCGGAAGUCCCUGUGAAUUCCCCUUCAAAUACAACAACAGCUGGCAUCACGGAUGUCUCCCAGAUACAGAUCUCCCCCAAAUGAGCUGGUGUGUCACUUCCUCUGACGAUGACCAAGAAAUAAAGAAGGGAUACUGUCUCAAACCUGAGGAGGGUUGCCACACUCUGUUCGACGGGCCGGAAGGGGGUUCCUGCUAUGAGUUUGUUCCCAGUGCGGCGGUGACCUGGCAGGAAGCUUUGGAUUCAUGUCGUAGCCAGGGAGCUGAUCUGCUCAGUGUGACUGAGCUCAAGGAGCUUCAAUCCAACACCUUUGUGAAAGGCUUUAAAACGAUGCCCGAGAGGAUGUGGAUCGGCCUUCAUCAGUUAGACACGUCUCAGGGCUGGCAGUGGUCCGAUGGCUCCCCUCUCUCCUUCCUGCGUUGGGAAAAAGGAAUGCCAUCCACCACUAUUAUUAUCGAGUCAGACUGUGGUGUCCUGAACUCUGAGCAGAACUAUGAAUCGGAGGCGUGCGGUGAACGGCUGCCAUACAUCUGCAAAAAGAGUUUCAAUGCCUCUCACACAGCACCAACAGAGCCUUUUCAAUAUAAAGAAACAGAGUGUCCACAUGGUUGGAUCCCAUGGAACGGCUGGUGUUACAAGUUGGUGAAUGACACACCACAAAACUUUGAAGGCGCUCAGCAGCACUGUAAAAACAUAGAGGGAGGAGGAGGCUUUCUGGCCAGCUUCCACUCCAUUGACACCAAAGAGAUGCUCAGCACUAAUUUCCAUGCAGAUGGCCAGGCGUUGGAUGUGUGGAUUGGCCUGCAAAGUGCUGACAGCACUGUCUUCAAGUGGGUCGAUGGGAAACCCGUCACCUUCACCUACUGGGGCCCAAACCAACCAGUUCAGCCUACCUCGAACUCCAACUGUGUCUUCUACUCUAGAGAGUCUCAUGGUUGGUCGGUUGGGAACUGCACUGAGAGCCUACCUUUUAUUUGUCAGAAGAACGGAACAAUCAACGAAUCGGCAACACAGGCCAGUUGUCGCUAUGAGGAUGGUUGGCGGAGACACGGAAACUCGUGUUAUCAAGUGAACACCAAUCAAGUAACCUUCAAGGAUCGCUGUAACGUCACAAUAAGAAACAGGUUUGAGCAGGCCUUCAUCAGCCGUCUGCUUGCGGAGCACAUGAAAAAUGAAACUCAGUAUUUCUGGAUCGGGCUGCAGGAUAUUAAGACCACAGGGGAGUAUCAGUGGCUGAGCCAGGAUGGGCACAAGGGUGUGGUGACAUACACCAACUGGGGCUCGCUCGAACCAGAGCUGGAUGGAGGUUGUGUUGUGAUUUCCACCGCAAAACCCCUUGGCCAUUGGGAGACGAAGAACUGUACCACUUUUAAGGCCGGCACCAUUUGUAGGACAGACCUCAGUCCACCUCCGCCCCCAGAACCAGAGCCGGACCUCAGCAAAAACUGUUCAGAUGGAUGGAUGUCCAAUUCAGAUAGCAGAUACUGCUACAAGGUGUUUCAUGAGGAGAGGCUCAGCAGGAAACGUUCGUGGGAGGAAGCUGAGAGGUUUUGUCAGGCUCUGGGAGCCAACCUGCCCAGCUUCACCAGUGUUAGUGAGAUGAGAGCCCUGCACAGCAUCAUGAGAAACACCAUCAGCGAUGAUCGGUACUUCUGGGUCGGCCUGAACAGACGUAACCCAGCAGAUCGCUCCUGGCAGUGGAGCGAUGGCCGUCCUGUAUCUGUGGAUGUUUUACACCAAGAUUUCCACGAGGAUGAUGCUUACAGUCGGGAUUGCACUGCAUUUAAGACAAUGAAGAGCACGUUCAAACAUCUGUUUGUGUUUCUGCUCCAUGACGUACCUCCCACACCUUUCUACGCCACGCCGUUUCACUGCGAUGCCAGGCUUGAAUGGGUCUGCCAGAUACCACGCGGAAAGGAACCAAAGAACCCAGUCUGGUACAAUCCUGGUGGGCACCAUGAGACGUCUCUCUUCGUAGAUGGAGGAGAGUUUUGGUUUGUGAAUGACUUUAAGCUGAGUUUUGAGGAAGCACAGCUCUUUUGCGGUGCAAAUGACAGCAAAUUGGCUGCACCACUUAGCCCCACCGCUGCCAAACAGAUCCACCAGUACAUAAGCACAAUUUCAGAUUUAAAGCAAAACUGGUGGGUCGAUUUGAGAGAGCCUGGGCGAGUGUUCCCGAUGACGUACAUGCAGGCGUACUUUUAUGAUGCAGCUUUCUUGGGCAGAUGCACCUCCAUCAGUCCUGAUAACUCUUUUCCAACAUAUCGGCACACUUGUGGGGCGAAAUUGCCCUUUGUGUGUGAAAGGCACAACAUCACGUCGGUGGAGAAACACCCUCUGGAGCCUCAGCCUGGUGGACUGCCAUGUGGAAAUAACUCUAUGGCCUUCAGAAAUAAGUGCUACACAGUGAUGACAAGCCCGAGACCUGUGACAUUCAAGUCUGCCAAUGAGGAAUGCCAAUCAGUGAGGGGAACCCUGGUCACCAUAUCAGAUCAGGUGGAGCAAGACUUCAUCACCAGCCUAUUGCCAAAGGUGAAAGACAUGGGAAGGAUAUGGAUUGGUCUGAAACUCCGUCGUUCCAAACCCGAAUGGGUGGACCAGACCCAAGUCGCCUACGUUAAUUUUAAUCCCCUGCUUCUAGGCAUGCACAAGGCUAUAAAAGUCAAUACAUUUGAUCCAGACAGUAUGGAUCUGUGUGUGUUUUUAAUCAAUAACCCCAACUCUGCCAUGAUGGGUACCUGGGACUAUACUUCCUGUGCACAGUAUCAACAUGUGGCCAUUUGCCAACACUAUGCAGAUAAAGUAGAGGCGCCACAAAUCCACGAAGAGACUUCCACCGUCAAUAACGACACCAUCAUUCUCGUCAAAAACCUCACCUGGUUCGAGGCUUUAGAGCAGUGCCGAAGUAAAGGCAUGGACCUGGCGAGUGUGGCCGACGCACUCCUGCAAUCCACCCUCAGCGUGCACGUGAGCCGUGCAAACACAUCCAUGUGGAUUGGCCUCUUUAGCGAAGACGAUGGGAUCCACUACCGCUGGACUGACCACAGUCACACCGUAUUCAGUCGCUGGUCUUCUGAUGUCACCACUGGCCGCUGUGUUUACCUCGACACUGACGGCUUCUGGAAAGCCACCGAGUGUGAGCAGGUGCUGGGAGGCGCUAUCUGCCGCAAACCACAGAAAGAGAUCAUCACCACACCAGAGGAUGUUGCAGUGAAAUGCCCCCAUAAGAUUAAUGGUCCCAACUGGAUCCCCUUCAAGAAGAACUGCUACUCCUUCCAGCUAGUCGCCUCCAGAUGGGAACAGUUUGACAAAAAACAGAUUAAUAAAACCUGCAAAGACCUCCACAAAGAUGCAGACAUCCUAACUAUCAGGAACGCAGAGGAGAACGAAUUUAUCAAGGACCAACUCGUACCGUUUCAACACUUGGUCCAGUUCGUAUGGCUGGGGAUGGUCAAAGAUAACAACAGUAACCAGAUGAGGUGGCACGAUGACACAAAUGUCCAAUACUCCAACUGGAGAAGCGGCAGACCAGAUGUAAACGGGUCCUUCUUGGCUGGUCUCACUAUUCAAGGCAACUGGCUUCUCGUCACAAACAAAAUGUUAUUCCCAGAGUUCAAACAAAGGGCAAUUGUGACCUGCAAAAUAGACAAAGAAUCAAAACAGGAGUACAAGAAGUCACUCAGGGAUUUUCAACAUUUGGAAAGCUUAACCUAUGUGGUUGUGACCCAAAAGUUGAGUUGGUACCAGGCUCUGGAACAGUGUGCUCAGCGUGGAGGCCACCUGGCAAGUGUCCAUGACGCCAAGCACAGUUCACAUUUGCAGCUCAUCGCCAAAACAGAUGGUUUCCCGCUCUGGAUUGGCCUGUCGAACCAGGAUGUUAGCGACUCACACUAUGAGUGGUCUGAUGGAACGAGAUUUGACUACAAAGCCAACAUCACUGACUCACAGGAGGAAUACAGCUCAGAUGAUCAAGAGGCUGUCUGUGUUUUUGUAACCCCCGCUGGAGCCUGGGUGCGGACCAGCUGCCAUACUUUGGUAGAUGGAGCCAUCUGCUACACCACCACCAAAACCACCAGUUCACAGAGAGCCAAACUUCGAGCAGCCCCAGAGGCCAAUCACUGCCCUCAGAGCAAUGGUACAUCCAAGUGGGUGCAGCAUCAGGAUCACUGUUAUGCCUUCGACAUGAGCUUCUACAACUACAGCGUCUACAGCAUGAAGCAGGCCAGAGACAUCUGUCAAAGCAUGGGUGCUCAACUGCUGACGAUAAAAACCAAAGAGGAGAACGAUUUUGUAACGAAGUACAUAUAUGACGACCCUCUCAUCACCAGUCGAGUAUGGCUUAGCAUGGACUUCGAUACUCCAGGUAAGCCUGAAGUCUGGCAAGAUGGCUCAGAUGUGUCUUACUCUAACUGGAAGCCUGAGGCUGCGUUUACUGGGAAGCACCGCUGUGCUGUCAUGACGUCAGAAGACACAGGAAAGUGGACUUAUGUAAGCUGUGACGCAAGCCGCAGUCGUGUCAUCUGCAAAACUCAAGCAAAGUCCGCAGGCUCUCCCGUGGCACUGGGUCUCUUCAUCAUCAUCAUCAUAGCCCUCCUUUUAGCCAUCGCCUUCGUCAUCUACAAGAAGAAAAGAGCCCACUUCUCUUCCACCGUCCGCUACAAGAGGACCUUCGAUGAAUCGGACACCACCAGUAUUAUAACAGAAGCUGACUGAGCUCGCUAUAAGUCAUCAGCCUCAGGGAGUAUUGAUGUGCCUGCCUCGUGUGCAUUUUAGUACUUAGAGCAAGAGCGGAUGAAGCCUUCCCUUUUUUCAAAAUUAUUUAUUACGUUCAAACUCGCAGACGUUCAAGAAUGAUAUGUAAAACUGUAAAUAUUGUUAGAGAAAUGUGUUCAUCCGCCAAUUCAGUGUCUUAAUUUGGAUUUUAGAUUAUGUUUAUUUACCCCUGUGUUAUACCUAAUGUAAAUGCUCGGGCUGAUUCACUCUGAUUGAUGUUAGUUGGGUUUAAGAAUUUGUUUGUUUUUUUAGAUUAUAAAAAGAUUUUGAGUUGAUUUUUAAAGAAGUAUGCAACCCACCAAACUCUUGUCUUACACUCCCAUUCAGCCUUAACAGGUUAAAUAGCACUGACGAGUGUACGAGUGACUCAAACUAUCAAAGACAACAUGCGCCGUUGUUGUUUUAUACUUUAUAUGCCGUUACUUAAUCUAAUUCAGUUUUAUUUUUCGACUUCAGAAGGUUUGAUUUCCACCUGGUGAACAUUAAUCAGCACAUGAGGAAACUUUCAAAUGGUCAGUCCACCUGUAAAAUACAACAAAACCUAUUUUUCUUUGACUGAGUGUUAUAUAUCCAGAUAGUUUUUCACAAAUUUUGCGUAGACUGUGAACAAAUUAAGAAUUAGCCUCUGUCAAAGUGCACCUCAUAACUGUGUGCACACAAAAGGAAGAUAACUGAUGUCUGUGGAUACAUUCAGGAUACUUUUGAGACUUUUGACUGUGACGCUGAGCUACAGCCAACAUAUUUAAACUUCAGCAAAUCACAUUAAAACUAUCUGGAUUGAGACUUUGCACUCUGGUCAAGAAAACGCAUUUGUAUAUUUUUAAUGGACUUGGACUUUAAAUAAGUAGUGGAAUUUGUCAUAGAUGAAAUUCUCAUUGACUGUGCCUUUUUAUCUUUAUUACGUCAGAAGAAAUGGGAGUUUUCAAGCCACUGGAUGGGGGUAUUGGUGUUUACUGAUUGAGUCAACAUAUGAAUGACCUAUUGAUGGAUCAUCAGUAUGUACAUAUAUAUGAGAAGAGUAAAGAAAAGUAAGAGUAUGAUUUCUGGUCCUGCUGAUUAGUUUUAAAAGUGUAGGACACUGCUGUCUUAGCCUCAAGAUGAAUCAGACACAUUUGUGUAAUUUGUUUAUGUAAAUCUGAUUUUCCUAUGCACUUAACUACUGAGCAAGAAAGCACUUUAAUACGUCUCGGAGCGACUGUUCCUGUUAUGUUUAAGCACAAUGAGGUUUCAUAUUGCACUGGUGUUUGCUGUAAAAGCUUUGUAAAUAUGUGACGUUUGUUUUAUAACAGAGAAUGAACCAAAGAGUCUGUUGAAUGUCGAAAGCCUGAGCUUUCUUUUCAGUUUUUCGGAAAGGCCCGAGUAUGGCUUGUUAACCCACUUAUAUCAAGUUGCAAACCAAAUGUUAGUGUGUUUUUUUUUUGUUUUUUUUAUUAACUUUCAAACUACUCCUAAAUAGAUCUAUCAGGUCAAAUCAGGUACAGUAUCACUCCAAUAAAAUGUUCUCUCUUCAA